UUGGGCAAAAAUUCAUGGUUUACUGGGUGCAGGAUUUUCAUCUUCGUUGUUUUUCAGAAUCCAGAUGGAUUUGAGCUUGUCCGUAAAACAGUCGCAUAUCCUGGUAACCGAUUCUAUGCUGUUGAAUUUCUUUUACCGGAGCACUUGAAUUUCGGAGAAUGGCAAAUUGUUGCUGUUGUGAAUCAUCAUAAGCAAACUAUCAAACGGCAUACCUACUCGGUUACGUUUAAUGUGCAAAAUUACGAAGUGCCGAUAUUUCGUGUUCAUGUAUUGGCCAAAGAAACAAGUUAUGCGGACUUAUAUGAACUGGAUGUUAUUGCCAGGCAAGUUCCACGCUUUUUUUGUUAUCUUGAUUUCUGUAACUGCGGUAUGUUGUUACUGUAG